CCCUUUGUCCUUGUUUGUCAUUAGCAGAGCUCACGCAAGCUCCAUUUGCCGGCACACCGGACUGGCCCGUUGUUCCUUUCGUCCGAUCAGCUUGUCUAUACUUCCAUGUAUAGUAUCAGCUAGCACUUACUUACUAUAAGGCACUGUGGGCCUCAGCCUGCUGAGCCUAAAAUGUUACAGUCCGGACGCAGCACCGCAGCUAGUAGACAUGGCUUAGGCAGUAGCUAUAAUGCUCCAGGUCGCCCAGCCUCGCGCCGCCCGGACCGCCGGGUGCCUUGGCCCCUCGGCGACCGCCGGCGGUGUGGCCCGCGGCCUGGCGUCCGCAACCAGCGGCCCGGCGGCGGCAGUGCUCAGCGGCGGCGGCCCCCUCCUUGCCGCCACCGCACCUGCUGCCACAGGGUCUGGCGGCGGUCUGCGGCAGCUACUGCCGCUAACCGCCUGGGCCCGUCAAGCCGCGGCAGCGCCCGCCACUGCCGCACCUGCAGCAGCCGGGGCGCGCAGCUGUCUCCUGCAGCCGGGGCGGCGCGCGCAGCAGCAGGUGCUGGCGGCUGCGGGGAGGUAUGGCAGUGGCAGCACCAGUGACAAGAGCAGUGGCAGGAGCAGUGGCAGCAGCAAUAACAACGAUAAGGGCAGAGGCGGACAUGUCGAGGACAGGACGGGCAGGGGCAGGGCAGGCGGAGGCCGUUGGGCCGGCGGCAGGACGGGCGGUGGUGGUAGCAGGAGUGGCGGCGGCGGCGGCAAGGCGCGUGACCCCGCGGAUGACAUGUCCGUGUGUCGGACUCUGGAGGACCUGCAUGACGUCAUUGAUCGGCGGCUGGUGGUGUGGUCAGAGCGGCAAGACGUGAUGACCAUGUCAGCUGCCUUCAACCUGUGUGGCAAGCUUGAUUCCGCACGCGCUGGCGGGCCGGCCGCCACAGCCGCGGCCCGUGCCGGCAUCGUGGCGGCUCUUGCGCCUGCUCUCCUUCCGCUCGUUCCGCGCAUCCGCCAGCCGGCCGGCUGCAGCAUACCGCUGUUGGCGCUGGCGAAGGCUGGGGCUGCCAUCGACGGGCGUGUGGAGUCACAGCUGGCGCCGGCACUGCUGCAGCGGCUGGCGGAUCCGGUGUUGCUGAAGACUGCCACUCCUCAAAACUUGGCGAACGCGCUGUAUGCCCUGGGCAAGCUGUGGGAGGAGCAGCAGCAGCGGGGCUCGGGCUGGGACCCCACCUCAUCGCCGCACUUGAUAGCGCUGACCGGCGCUGUGGCCUCACGGCUGCGUGCGACGGAGGGGCACGGCUUCAAGCCGCAGCAUGUUUCAAACAGCCUGUGGGCGUGCGCCAAGCUGGAGUACCGAAACUCAGACCUCCUGCUGCCGCUGGCGGAGGCGGCCGCAGCCUAAUAUAAUACAAAUGUGCAAUAUUAAUUCAGGCAGGCUCUGAAUCCGUGCGGGGCGGCCGCACGGGCAAGUGGGCCAAGUUGGGGUAGGCUGGCAAUUAGGCACAUUCCGAGCUAGCGUGUGUGUGAGGAGGGUGGGAAUUUUGGGGAUUGGCUGUUUUUGCGUGGUUGGGACUACCCGUUUCCAAGCACUGUUGCAGUUCCCUAGCGGGCCGGCCCAGCACUGCUGGAUGCCUGGGCGGGACAACCGGAUGGCUCGGCGGGGACUGUUGGAUGGCCCGGUCGGGCCGACCCGGGAAUGCUGGAUGGCCCGGCGGGGACUCAGGGGUCGUAUCUUGUUUUCAGGGCAAUGUCUGGGCUCAGACAAAAACGGCCGGGUGGCCGCCGUCUUUUGUCUGGGCACAUGGCGGUUUGGGGGCUUGUCCAUAGGAAUUCGGACAAAACCCGCCCCAAAACCGGGCCAACAAUGUCUUGCCUCAGACAUUAGUCCCCGGGAGGAAUGUCUAGGAAACGGCCAAAAUGGCCAAUUAAUGUCUGGAGACAUUAAGAUAGGAGCCCUGCGGGGACUGCUGGAUGGCUGGGUCGGGGUCACCCCAGCACUGUUGAAUGGCUCUGCACGUAACACGCGGCGUGCUGUUAUGACUGCACCGCGGACCAGGGAGGAGCGUGGGGGUAUGCCAUGGGUAUUGCAGGGGUAGGCCGCUUUGAACUGCGUGUUUUUGUGCUUCCCAUGUCAUGUCCUCAAAAUUGAACACCUUCGCUACGCCUUAGUAUCAAUACUAUAAUGAGCUAUGUUCACGCUACAGCGGCCGUUUAUAGCUAAACGCUAAACCCCGAAACGAUGUCUCUGCGGAAGACGUCCAGCGUUCGCUUUAGUUUACCCCGAUGAAUUGUGCACAUGUAAUAGGUUGUGUUC